ACAAAUUCUAAUAGAGAGAGGAGACAACAACCCGUGGUGGUGGACUAACUUUGAUAACCUAAAUUAAACAGCUCAGAAAAUGUGUAAGGGAUUAGCUGCCCUGCCCCAGACAUGUCUGGAAAGGGCUAAGGAGAUCAAGACUAAAUUGGGAACUUUGCUUCAGAAGCCAGAGAACUCCAUCGACCUUGGCAUCCCCUACCAAGAAAAGCCUGAGAAGAAACCAGAGAAGCUUCAGAAACCUACACCUGAAGAGGCAGCUCAAUGGCGUGAGUCCCUUGAUAAGGUCCUCUCCAACAGCUAUGGCCUGGCCACCUUCAGGAGCUUCCUGAGAUCUGAGUUCAGUGAGGAAAACAUUGAGUUCUGGGAGGCUUGUGAGGACUUUAAGAAGACCAAGUCCACCCUGAAAAUGGCCACUAAAGCCAAGAAGAUUUAUGAGGACUUCAUUCAGACUGGUGGGCCCAAAGAGGUAAACAUUGACCACUUCACCAAAGACUUAACACUGAGGAACCUGGUGGAUCUUUCUCCUGCUACUUUUGAGCUGGCUCAGAGCCGGAUCUACACCCUGAUGGAGAAAGACUCCUUUGGUCGGUUCCUGAGGUCUGAACAGUAUCAGGAACUUAUCAAGUAAACUGACUUAACCAGCUGCAG